CUAACCCAGAUAUAUAUAUAUAUAUAUAUAUGAUAUUUAUCAUUGUCAGAACCUUUACAAUUUCAUCGACAAUAGUACAUACGUUUUCCCUACCCAUUGAACUUCCGCAGUUAUUUGAGUAAUCGUUAUAUAUGGAAAUUAACUUGCUUUGUGAGGAGAGGUGGCAGUGCAGCCCUGCAACACCCGUUCAUCAUCAUGCAACCAAGCUUUGCAGUUUCGAGAACUACUCAUGUGGUGGUUCGUUUUAUAUGACCAAGGAAGACGCUGAGCAGGCCCUUGUAAUAUACCUUGAGAAGGAGAUCAGUUUCAUACCCGCAGCUAAUUAUGUUGAGCAUCUCCGCUCGAAAAACUUGACAACUGCUAGGUCUAGAGCUACUCAAUGGCUUUUCAGGACCAGAAAUCGCUUGAAUCUCUCUUUUGGAGCUGCUUUCCUUGCUGUGAAUUACCUUGAUCGAGUCCUAUCUAUGAAUGAAUGCAAUGGAUGGAAAGAAGAUUGGAUGGUUGAGUUGUUGUCGGUUGCGUGCUUUUCUGUUGCCUCCAAGUUCAGUGAAACCUGCACUCUAACCUUGCAUGAAAUUCAGAUGGAGGAUUUGGGGCAUUCAUUUCAGUCAAGCACAAUCCAGCUAAUGGAAUUGGCGCUGUUAGAGGCCCUGGGAUGGUGCCUUGGCUCUACUACGGCUUAUUCGUGCACAGAACUGUUGUUGUGGAGUAUUGAUUCCUUGAAACCUCAGCUUCAUGAGGAGUGUAUUACCCGAGUCACUAAGUUGCUUGUUGGAGCCGUUUCAGAUUCAAGAUUUCUGGAGUUUAGGCCAAGUGUUGUUGCAGCAUCUGCUCUUUGUUGCAGCCUAGACGAGUUAGUUCCAUCAAAAUCGGAUGCUCACCUUUCCUCUAUUACGAGACUCCUUAAUCAAGCUCAAAAGGAUGAUUUGGUCAAGUGCCAUAGGGUCAUGGAAGCUCAGAAGUAUGGUCCUCUGCACAAUUUAAUACAUUAUUAUGACUGCCCUCCAAGCCCUACAACAGUAUUGCAGAAGCAGCCCAUUGACAUAUACGAGUGCCAUGUCGAUUUCUGUUUCUUGAAGACGGGAAGUGCUGGUCCAAACAGCAUUUAUCACGGAUCAAGUACGAAGAAAAGAAAGAGAGAAGAAAAGUAGGUAAAAACUGUUCUUAAAGAAAGCAUCAUCACGGUCUACCUUUCUCCAUGUUUGUAACUGUUCGUACGAAGGACAGCACUUAAAGUUAAGGUUGCUAAAAGAUCGAAAUGGUACUAACAAACGCAAUUCAAUAGAUAAAUGAUGACCAUAAUCAGCCUAAGAUCUGUACUGAUUGGUCAUCUCCCUCACUCCAGCUUGUGGGCUGUCAAUCUCAGCACUAAAAUGCCUUCAUCUUUACAUGCUACUCAUGUCAUGUAGUACUGUAAUGAUGUUCAUGUUCUUGGCUGUAGCUGUAUUCAGAAGUACUUGGACAAUAACUAUAUCUUUUCGUUAAUAAUAAAUUGGAAA